AUGUAUGUGAAUGGUUCGAGAAAAGUGAGCUCCUACGUGUCAAUAGUUGCAGAUGGUGUAAAGCUGAGGAGAAAUGACAACAAGUAUAACACAAGUGAACACAAGGAUAACAAUAAUGAACACAAGGAUAACAAUAAUGAACACAAGGAUAACAAUAAUGAACACAAGGAUAACAAUAAUGAACACCAUAAUAACAAAGAUAACACAAGGACAACAAAGACAACACAAGUGAGCUCAAGGACAACAAAGAUAACACAAGUGAACGCAAGUACAACGAAGAUAACACAAGCGAACACAAGGACAAGGAGGAUAACAGCAGUGAACACAAGGAGGAUAACAGCAGUGACCACAAGGAGGAUAACAGCAGUGACCACAAGGAGGAUAACAAGUGAACACAAGGAGGAUAACAACAGUGAGCACAAGGAGGAUAACACAAGUGAACACAAGGACAAGGAGGAUAACAGCAGUGAGCACAAGGAGGAUAACAACAGUGAGCACAAGGAGGAUAACAGCAGUGAGCACAAGGAUGAUAACAUCAGUGAGCACAAGGAGGAUAACACAAGUGAACACAAGGACAAGGAGGAUAACAACAUUGAGCACAAGGAGGAUAACAGCCGAGAGCACAAGGAGGAUAACAGCAGUGAGCACAAGGAGGAUAACAACAGUGAGCACAAGGAGGAUAACAGCAGUGAGCACAAGGAGGAUAACACAAGUGAACACAAGGACAAGGAGGAUAACAACAGUGAGCACAAGGAGGAUAACAACAGUGAGCACAAGGAGGAUAACAACAGUGAGCACAAGGAGGAUAACAGCAGUGAGCACAAGGAGGAUAACACAAGUGAACACAAGGACAAGGAGGAUAACAGCCGUGAGCACAAGGAGGAUAACAGCAGUGAGCAUAAGGAGGAUAACAGCAGUGAACACAAGGAGGAUAACAUCAGUGAGCACAAGGAGGAUAACAGCAGUGAACACAAGGAGGAUAACAUCAGUGAGCACAAGGAGGAUAACACAAGUGAACACAAGGACAAGGAGGAUAACACAAAGGCAUGGAGGAUAACAACA